UCGCCUUCCUCGGGCUCAGAGCCGCGCGCCGCCUGCUCCUCCUUCCUCCCCGGGUGCCCGCGGCGAUGUUUAACCGCGCCGUGAGCCGGCUGAGCAGGAAGCGGCCGCCGUCAGACCUCCAUGACAGCGACAGCAGCUCCAGCAGCAGCCACCAGACCCUCAGGAGCACGGCCAGAUGGGCAGCAUCCUUGGAGAAUCUGCUGGAAGACCCAGAAGGCGUCAAAAGAUUUAGGGAAUUUUUAAAAAAGGAAUUCAGCGAAGAGAAUGUUUUGUUUUGGCUGGCGUGUGAAGAGUUUAAGAAGAUGCAAGAUAAGAAGCAGAUGCAAGAAAAGGCAAAGGAGAUCUACGUGACCUUCCUGUCCAGUAAGGCCUCGUCACAGGUCAACGUGGAGGGCCAGUCUCGGCUCAACGAGAAGAUCCUGGAAGAACCACACCCGCUGAUGUUCCAGAAACUUCAGGACCAGAUCUUCAAUCUCAUGAAAUAUGACAGCUACAGCCGCUUCUUGAAGUCGGACUUGUUUUUGAAACACAAGCAAACUGAGGAAGAGGAAGAGGACCCGCCCGAUACUCAAACUGCAGCCAAAAGGGCUUCCAGAAUCUAUAACACCUGACCCGGCCCCAGCCCCCCAGGGGCUGCCGGCCCGAGGAUGCUGGGGACCUCUCUGUCCGGACCGUGCGGGGUUUAGGAUCGCUUUGCUCUUUGCAAGGACUGGGAUGUACAACCCCUUUUGUGGGAUAGGCCUAUUUUAUUAACUGCUUGACCAGUUUUGCAUGACGGCUAAUUUUCCCUUAACGAAACAAACCGAUAGCUUUGGCAUUUUAGUUCACAAGACAGAGAUUCCUUCAACACUGGACACUUUGAGCAAUUUUAGAGCUUGAUUAAAUCUCUUGUGAGGCCACCAGGUGAAGCCUAUGGCCAUCUCUGA